AUGGCCGCUCUCGGCCCCACCGGUCUGGGCAACGCACAAGGUGCUGACAACCACAUUGCCCAACAGCAUUCUCGUCGCGAUGACGACGAACCCCAACAUGCCCACGAUCACACCGCUGCCACCUCCGAGACGCCCAGUGCCGAGGCUUCCAGCGACCGCCACGUCGAUGUCGCCGAUGCAGAGCGCCAAUUCAACGAGCUCGAACGCCAUCUCAGCUCCGGCAAGGGCAACGACUCGGAUCUCGAAAAGCACCAGCCCUUCGACCUCCGCGAAUGGCUUUCCGGCACCCAGGAGCAGACCGACCAGAUGGGCACCAAGCGUAAGAAGCUUGGCGUCUCCUGGUCCGACCUUCGCGUGAUCGGCACCGCCUCGCGUGAUCUCAACGUGCCCACCAUCCCUUCCAUGGCGCUCUUUGAGGUCAUCGGUCCCAUCUUCGGCAUUCUCAAGCUCUUCGGUUUCGACCCAUCCAAGUCCAAGACGCGCGACCUCUUGCAAGGCUUCAACGGUUGCGCAAAGCCCGGCGAGAUGGUGCUUGUCAUCGGUCGUCCCAACGCCGGUUGCUCCACCUUCCUCAAGACCAUCGCCAACAAGCGCAGCGGUUUCAUUGACACCAAGGGUGACGUGCUUUACGGCGGCAUCGGCGCAAAGGAGAUGGGCAGGCGAUACCUCGGCGAAGUCGUCUACUCGGAAGAGGACGACCAGCACCACGCCACCCUCACCGUCGCCCGCACCAUCGACUUUGCCCUUCGUCUCAAGGCCCACGCCAAGAUGCUCCCAGACCACACCAAGAAGACCUACCGCAAGUUGAUCCGCGACACCUUCCUCAAGAUGGUCAACAUCGAGCACACCAAGCACACGCUCGUCGGCAGCGCCACUGUGCGCGGUGUUUCGGGUGGUGAGCGCAAGCGUGUCUCGAUCCUUGAAGGUCUCGCUUCCGGCGCCAGCGUCUUCUCGUGGGACAACUCUACGCGCGGUCUCGACGCCAGUACCGCGCUCGACUACGUCAAGAGCAUGCGUGUCUUGACCGACAUCCUUGAGGCUACCAUGUUCAUCUCGCUCUACCAGGCCUCCGAGGGUAUUUGGGAGCAGUUUGACAAGGUGCUCGUCAUCGAUGACGGUCGAUGCGUCUACUUUGGCCCCAGGACCGAGGCGAGGCAGUACUUCAUCGACCUCGGCUUCGCGGACCGUCCUCGUCAGACUUCGGCCGACUACAUCACCGGAUGCACCGACAAGUACGAGCGCAUCUUCCAGGAGGGCCGUGACGAGAACAACGUGCCCAGCAACCCCGAGGCGCUCGAAGCUGCCUACCGCAACAGCCGCUUCUUCACCCAGGCUGUCGAGGAACGCAAGGCCUUUGACGCCGUCGCCACCGCUGACGCCCAGGCCACGCAGGAGUUCAAGGAGGCCGUCGUCCAGUCCAAGCACCGCGGCGUGCGCAGCAAGUCGCAGUACUCGGUCUCAUACGCCGCCCAGGUGCAGGCGCUCUUCCUCCGUCAGAUGCAGAUGCUCCUCGGCGACAAGUUCGACAUCUUCAUGUCCUACGUCACCGCCAUCGUCGUCGCUCUCCUCACCGGUGGUAUCUUCUACAACCUUCCCACCACCUCGGCCGGUGUCUUCACGCGCGGCGGUUGUCUCUUCUUGCUGCUCCUCUUCAACUCGCUCACGGCGUUCGCCGAACUGCCUUCGCAGAUGAUGGGCAGGCCCAUUCUGGCCCGCCAGACCAGCUUCGCCUUCUACCGUCCCUCGGCCCUGACGCUCGCCCAGCUCCUCGCCGACAUGCCGUUCGGUAUACCGCGUGCCACCCUCUUCGUCAUCAUCGUCUACUUCAUGGCCGGCCUCGACCGCAGCGCAGCCGCCUUCUUCACCGCCUGGUUCAUCGUCAUUGUUGCCUACUACGCCUUCCGUGCGCUCUUCUCGUUCUUCGGCGCCAUCACCACCAACUUCUACUCGGCGGCGCGUCUGGCGGCCAUCGUCAUGUCGAUGCUCGUCCUCUGGGCCGGCUAUGUGAUUCCGCAGGCGGCCAUGAGGAGGUGGCUCUUCUGGAUCUCGUACAUCAACCCAGUCUUCUACGCCUUCGAGGCGUUGAUGAUCAACGAGUUCAAGCGCGUCACCUUCACCUGCGAGGGUGCACAGAUCAUCCCCUCCGGUCCUGGCUACCCGACGGCGCUGACGGACAAUCAGAUCUGCACGCUUGCCGGUGCCACGCCCGGUUCCAACCAGAUCCCCGGUAUCGACUAUCUCACUGCCAGCUUCGGCUACGAGGCGAGCCAUCUUUGGCGCGAUGUCGGCAUCCUCAUCGCCUUCUUGGUCGGUUUCAUCGCCAUCACCGCCCUCUCGGUCGAGACCAUGGACCAGGGCGCCUUCAUGUCCGCCAUGGUGGUCAAGAAGCCGUCCAACAAGGAGGAGACGGAGCUCAACAAGAAGCUCGAGGACCGACGAUCGGGUGCUACCGAGAAGACCGAGGCCAAGCUCGAGGUCCACGGUCAGGCGUUCACGUGGUCUAACCUCGAGUACACGGUCCCCGUCCAGGGUGGUCAGCGCAAGCUGCUCGACAAGGUCUUUGGUUAUGUCAAGCCCGGUCAGAUGACAGCGCUCAUGGGAUCUUCCGGUGCCGGUAAGACGACGCUUCUCGACGUGCUCGCUGACCGCAAGACGAUCGGUGUCAUCAGCGGUGAUCGCCUCAUCGAGGGUAAGCCCAUCGACGUCUCGUUCCAGCGCCAGUGCGGUUACGCCGAGCAGCAGGACAUUCACGAGCCCAUGUGCAGUGUCCGCGAAGCCCUGCGCUUCUCGGCCUACCUCCGUCAGAGCCACGACAUCCCCAAGGCCGAAAAGGACCAGUACGUCGAAGACAUCAUCGAGCUGCUUGAGCUGCAAGACAUCGCCGACGCCAUCAUUGGCUACCCGCAGUUCGGUCUCGGUGUGGGUGACCGCAAGAGGGUGACCAUCGGUGUCGAGCUCGCCGCCAAGCCUUCGAUGCUGCUUUUCCUUGACGAGCCCACUUCGGGUCUCGACGGCCAGUCUGCGUUCACCAUCUGCCGUCUGCUGCGCAAGCUCGCCGACAACGGCCAGACCAUCCUGUGCACCAUCCACCAGCCCUCGGCGCUGCUUUUCGAGACGUUCGACCGCCUGCUGCUGCUCGAGCGCGGUGGAAAGACGGUUUACUCGGGACCCAUCGGCAAGGACGGCAAGCACGUCAUCGAGUACUUUGGCAAGCGUGGCGCUCACUGCCCGCCCGGUGUCAACCCCGCCGAGUACAUGCUGGAUGCCAUCGGAGCCGGUAGCCAGCCCCGUGUCGGCGACCGCGACUGGGCCGACUGGUAUCUGGAAUCGGACGACCACCAGGACAACCUGCGUAUGAUCGAGCAGAUCAACCGCGAGGGCGCGGCCAAGCCCAAGGAGGAGAAGCACUCGGGCUCGGGCGAGUACGCCGCCCCGUGGAUGUACCAGUUCAAGGUGGUGCUCAAGAGAACCAUGCUGAGCACGUGGCGCCAGCCCUCGUACCAGUACACGCGCUUCUUCCAGCACCUCGCCUUUGCUCUGCUCACCGGUCUGCUCUUCCUGCAACUCGGCAACAACGUCGCGUCGCUCCAGUACCGUCUGUUCGUCAUCUUCAUGCUGGCCAUUAUCCCGGCCAUCAUCAUGGCGCAGAUCAUGCCGUUCUGGAUCAUGUCCCGAUCGAUCUGGAUUCGCGAGGAGACGUCCAAGACGUUUGCCGGUACCGUGUUCGCCGCGACGCAGCUCAUCUCCGAGGUCCCCUACGCGCUCGUCUGCGCCACCGCCUUCUUCGUGCUCAUCUACUACCUUGCCGGCUUCAACACUGCUUCGGACCGCGCGGCCUACUUCUGGAUCAUGACGUUCCUCCUCGAGAUGUUUGCCAUUUCGAUCGGUUCGAUGAUCGCCUCGUUCUCCAAGAGUGGCUACUUCGCUUCGCUGUUCGUGCCAUUCCUGACGAUCAUCCUCAACCUCACCUGCGGUAUCCUCUCGCCACCGCAGUCCAUGCCAAGCUUCUACAGCAAGUUCCUGUACAACGUCAACCCGAUCCGCUUUACCAUUUCGCCGCUCAUCUCGAACGAGCUCUCGGGCUUGGUGGUCGAGUGCGCGGCCAACGAGUUUUCGCGUUUCUCCCCACCUUCGGGUCAGACGUGUGCACAGUGGGCGGGCAACUACAUCACCGCCGCCGGUGGCUACCUCGCCAACCCCGAUGCGGUGACCGAUUGCAUGUACUGCACCUACCGCACCGGCGAGCAGUUCUACUCGGCCUUCGGCAUCACCUUCGCCGAGCGCGGCAGGGACGCUGGUAUCUUGAUCGGCUUCGUGCUGUUCAACUGCAUCGCCACCAUCCUCUUCACCAAGAUCUUCCACUUUAGCAACCGUUAG